AACACUGGCAUGGGUGUUAUUUACUUUGUGGUUUUAAUGUUGCAUUUAAACAUUAAAAAUAUGGAAGGAUCAGACAACAUGGAGCUUCACUUUCAAAAACAAAAAUUGGAGGCACAAAUUAGAUUUUUUUUUCGUAGGUUUCUCUAAUUCACACAAAUUAUACACAAUUAUACAAGAUCAAAUUUAGAAAUACAACAGACAAUGUUUGGUUGGAUAUCCUUUAAGCAAGUUGCAAAAAAAACCAAAAAACAUUUUGUUGCCAUAAACAACCUUUUUGCAUAAUUCUGACUUGAUGUUUGAGCACUAUUGUAAGUUAUAACAGAGAUUCUUUAAAUUGGGUUAUGAUCGGGAGAGUUCCAAAAAUUAUAUGCUAGCUUGUUUUUUUUCAUUUCAAAACUAGUUUUGACACGUGUUUAGGAUAAUUUUUCUUAUUCAAGCUGCUGAUUAGAGAAAUUUCUUUCCUGCACAGCACCCCAUCCAUGUUGAUGUUACUGUAAUUACUAGCAUCUUCCAGUUUGUGAUGUUCUUGUGCCUUUGUGGUUCUUUGGUUGUUUUUAAACAUCCAACCGAUUUCCUUUCUCCUGAGGUUUGGUGUGGGUUGGAUGGAUUGAAACUUGGACACAAAGAAGACUAUGAUUUGUUUUAGAAAUCCAAUGUAUUAUCUUGUUGUAUGAUUGUUUCAUCCUGAAAUAUGAAUGGUUUAAACUCCCCAAAUUAAUUAGUUUAAUCAGCAUAAUGAAUAUUACAUACAUUUCACUGUAUGUUUUUACAAUUGCAGCACCUAUCUCUAUACCUCCCACGCCCAUUUGUGUUUCCCAUGACAAUCCAAGCCUUGAAGUAACGCCGAUUACAUUUCCAAUCCUCCCGGACCCUGGCAGUCUGUUGACCAGCAAUCAGAUGAUUUCGAGGUUGGAUCCUUUACACCCACCUUUGGUCCCUAAACGCACCGUCAGUCUUGAGACACUCGCUGUUCAUCAUCACAACCACCAGAGGGCACUGAUCAUGCAAAGAGGAGAGCAUUUCAGGUCUCAUCGGGUGUGGAGGAAACCCUUUUAUGGAUCCGUCGGUGAGAGAGAAGAGUACAGAAAGGAGAUACGAGAGCAGUUAAAGAGGCAGAUGGAGGAAAAGUGUGUGGAACUGAAGCUGCAGCUGGCCAGUAAAGUGAAAGAAGCAGAGCAUCUCAGAGAGGUGGACCGCAUUGCUUUAACCAGUGAGAGACAGCAGAAGAUUCAGCACACCAAAGCAAUGACAGCCUACAGAGAUGAAAACAAGAGGCUAAUGGAGCAGAGCUGGAGGGACAGAGCACUAACACGUUCCCAGGAGGCUCUGAAGGAGAGAGAGCUGCUGCGCCUCAACCCCGUUAACUGGAGUGGAACACUGACAUAACUUCAAGAAGCCAAAACCUUUCAUUCAAGCUUCUUCUCAGCCACCGAAGAGCAACCCUUCAGUCUGAAAAGAAAACAAAUAUACAGAUCAGGUUCUUUUAUAUCACACAUCCACAACAUUUAAUGUAUUUAUGUGAUGUGUGUAACACAAAGCGUAUAAUGGGAAGAGGAAGAAGAAAGAUGCAUGGGUUUUAUUUGUUUUCUAUAAAUAAUCUUCAGAAAAUUGUUUAUUGCUUAUUCCCUUUCAGCCUGUUUCUAAUAUAGACAUGCAUCUCAACAAAUUAGAAUAUUAUCAACAAGUUAACAGUUAAGUGAUUCUCAUAUAGAUUCCUUUCACACACAUAUUUUAAGUAUUUAUUUCUGUGUAUUUUGAUGAUUAUAGCUAAAUAAAAGCCAAAACUAAGUUUCUUGGGAAACUCAUCAAUAAAAAAGGAUUCCUAAAAUUAGUAUAAGCUCUCAAUACUUACUGCAUUAAUGCAGCAUGACAUGGAGGUGAUCAGGCUAUGGCUCUGCUGAGGUGGAAGUCCGGGUUGGUUUAAUAGCAGCUUUAAUAUAUUCUCCAUUGUUGGGUCUGCUAUCUCAUAUUCCUCUUAUAGUACAAGUCCUGCUGGGAAACGAAACCAGCCUCUCCUUAAAAAUCUCCAGGUAGAUGGCUGCACCAACACCAGCAGAUGGCCUGGCUCCCCAGUUCAUCACUGACUCCAGCUACAGUAGGCACCAAAUUCUUCAAAAGGCUUUUUUUCACAAUCUCCUCAUGGCUAUGGUUGUUGCCUUUUUCAAUCCUUUUUUCCUUUCACACAACUUUCCAUUAACAUAUAAAUAUUUUUCCAUACUCUGUUUACUUCUUCCAUAAUGAUCCAGACAUAAAAAGUUUUUUUUAAUUGAAUUCCACAGUUUUUUAUAAUACAUAAGAAACUGGUACCAUUUUUG